UGGCAACGCUGUGCAACGCACGCCGGCUGACUCAAGGUGUCGUUGUACCACGGUGAUCGUCAGAUUUUCGUUUCUUGCAUGCUGUUAUAACGAAUUUCCUAGCUAAAUUACAAAAAUGUCGUUUGAUCAUGACUCUGGGAAUCAAGUGGUGGACAAGGAAAUGCAGACAUUCCUCGCCAUUGAGCAGCAGAAGGCUCAGUUUCAAGCACAGGUUCAUCGGUUGAACGAGAUAUGUUGGGACAAGUGCAUUGACAAGCCAAGUUCGAAGCUCGACGGACGGACCGAGACUUGUCUGACCAACUGUGUCGACCGCUUCAUCGACACGUCACUGGCAAUCACAAACCGGUUUGCGCAGCUUCUACAACGUUCCGCGGAACACACGUGACUUGCGUCGCUUGCUAGGAACCGCUGUUACGAAGGUUCAUCCCAGUCAACACAACAUCACGUUGUUAAUCCAUCGCUCUAGUAGUACUACAACCUCAUUAUCUGUUAACCGAUUGUUGGGGAAGUUACAUCGACAUAAUAUAAACGAAAACGCAGUUGGAAUAAAUGUACAUUGCUGGA